AUGGGAGAUAAAUUAGGCUAUUACCAUGAUUCAAUGGUUUUGAUGAAUAAAGGUGUAGAGAUGGAGCUAGUACGUAUCCUUCAAAUCUUAACAUCAAUCGAUUUUUCUGGAAACAAAUUUGAAGGAGAGAUUCCAAAGUCCAUCGGUCUAAUGAAAGAGCUUCAUGUGCUCAACUUGUCAAACAAUGCUUUCACUGGCAGCAUCCCUUCAUCUAUGGGGAACCUCACAGCUCUCGAGUCGUUGGACGUUUCCCAAAACAAGCUUUCAGGAAAAAUUCCACAAGAGCUAGGAAAGCUCUCGUUCCUUGCGUACAUGAACUUCUCUCAUAAUCAGCUUUCAGGUCUAGUUCCAGGAGACAAUCAGUUUCAAACGCAGCCUUGCUCUACCUUUGAAGAUAACCUCGCACUUUUUGGCCCUUCUCUUGACAAUGAUUGCAUAGAUAUACGCACGCCAACAUUGCAACAAAAUGAAGAAGACGCGGAGGUGAUUAGUUGGAUAGCAGCGGGAAUAGGAUUCAUACCUGGUAUCGUCUAUGGAGUGACAAUAAAAUACAUAUUGGAUUCCUACAAGCCACAGUGGUUCAUGAACCCGUUUGGCCGAAACAAUCGUAGACGGAGAAGCACUAUAGCUCACUAG